CGUCAUCUGGCGAGGCACAUUUGGGAGGCUUCUGAUUUCACGGUUUCGAUAUUUUCACCAGUGUAGCUUGCGAGGUUUCUGCUUUCCAUAAAGUUUCCUGGUUUUAAUCUCGGGAUAACGUCAGAUCAGCAAAAAUCAUGGCUAAAAUUGGAAUCAAUGGUUUCGGUCGCAUUGGGCGUUUGGUGCUCCGCGCUGCGCUCGACAAGGGCGUUGAUGUUGUGGCUAUCAACGAUCCCUUCAUUGACCUGAGCUAUAUGGUUUACAUGUUCAAGCAUGACUCCACCCACGGACGUUAUGGCAAAGAGGUUAAAGUCGACAAUGGGAAACUGUUCAUCGAUGGAAAGCAGAUCCAAGUAUUUGCCGAGAUGAAGCCGGAAAACAUCAAAUGGGGUGAGGCCGGAGCUCAGUAUGUUGUAGAGUCCACUGGUGUCUUCACUACUAUCGACAAAUGCAAAGUUCAUCUGCAAGGAGGUGCUAAGCGAGUCAUCAUUAGCGCCCCAUCGGCUGAUGCUCCGAUGUUUGUGUGCGGUGUCAAUGAAGACAAAUACGAUCCAGCCACCCAACAGAUUGUCAGUAAUGCUUCGUGCACAACCAACUGUCUCGCUCCCCUGGCUAAGGUCAUCAACGACAAGUUCGGCAUUGUCGAAGGCCUCAUGACGACUGUGCACGCUUUCACUGCCACUCAGAAAGUUGUGGAUGCGCCCAGCGCCAAGCUGUGGCGCGACGGUCGUGGAGCUUUCCAAAACAUCAUCCCCGCUUCCACUGGAGCCGCUAAGGCUGUGGGUAAAGUCAUCCCGGAGCUGAACGGAAAACUGACCGGCAUGGCAUUCCGUGUACCGGUUCCUGAUGUCAGCGUUGUGGACCUGACUGUGCGCCUGAACAAAGAGGCGUCUUAUGAGGAAAUCAGCGCAGCUGUUAAGGAAGCUGCCGAUGGUCCUAUGAAGGGAAUUUUGGGCUGGACUGAUGAAGAGGUCGUGUCAUCGGACUUCCUGACCAGCACCUACAGCAGUGUGUUCGACCACAAGGCCGGUAUUUCUUUGAAUAAGACUUUCGUCAAACUAAUCUCCUGGUACGAUAACGAGUACGGAUACAGCCACCGUGUUAUUGAUUUGAUUCUCAGUAUGCACAAGAAGGAUGGUGGCAAUUGAGAUCGGCGGAUCCUCCAUGUGCCAUUUUAAUCAAAAGCAUGUUUGUUUUGUUUCUUUGGCUGCUGGUGGCUGGAGAUUAGUUGCUAAUCUGUUUCAUUUGGCUAAUUUGCUUGGCUUGUUGAUCCCAGGAGAUGCGUUUAUUGGUGAUUUGGUUAUCGAGUUCUGUGCUCAUUGUGUAGUUGGAGUGGCUUUGCAAAAUUAUAUGUAAUACGCCCUGAUUCAGCCAGAGAAGCCCUAUGUUUCAUAACCCAAACUGGGUUGAGAAGUGAAUAGAUGGUACUUCCGCUGAGUGAUUUGUCUUCUAAACGGUUCAGAAUUAAAGCAUUCUCGUGUG